AAGCCAUUGGCACUGGACCACAGCAAUGUCCCUAAUAUAUCUCACACUAGCAUAAGCCAUAAGCAAACUUCAAUUAGUCAUGGCUCUAAGUUUCAACACUUCAAAUUCCCUGUAUGACUUUGUGGUUAGAGAGGGCAAUGGUGUGAAGGGUGUGUCAGACUUAGGUUUACCAGAGGUGCCAGAUAGGUACAUACAACCCCCCGAGGAGCGAAUCAACAAGCAAGAAUCAAGGACAUGUGAUGCUCCACCCAUUGACUUGUCAAAGCUCAAUGGGUUAGAGCAUGAGAAAGUGGUGGAUGAGAUUGUUAGAGCAGCUGAGACUCUUGGCUUCUUUCAGGUGGUGAACCAUGGUGUGCCUUUGGAGUUAUUGGAAUCACUUAAACAUACAGCUCACAAAUUUUUCAGCUUGCCACUAGAGAAGAAAACUUUGUACCGCGCCGGAGUUAGCCCAGCAGGGCCAGUCACAAGACUUGCGACUAGCUUUGUACCUGAGAAAGAGAAGACAUGGGAAUGGAAGGACUAUAUCAGUAUGAUAUAUAGAAGUGACGAAGAAGCUCUUCAGUAUUGGCCUAAUCUGUGCAGGGAACUAGUGCUUGAGUAUUUGAAAUUAUCAUCCAAGAUGGUUAGAGGCAUCGUGGAAAUCUUGAUACGUAACCUUGGGGUAACAAUAGAUGACUCAAAAACUGAACAAAUUAUGGGUGAUAAGGUAGUUAACUUUAACUACUACCCACCAUGUCCAAAUCCAGAGCUCACAGUAGGACUAGGGCGCCACUCAGACUUGGGAACUAUUACAGUGUUGCUCCAAGAUGAAAUUGGAGGUUUAUAUGUCAAAAUGGAAGAAGACAAUGAUGCUGGAAAAGAAGAGUGGUUAUUAAUUCCACCUAUCCCCGGAGCCCUAGUCAUCAAUAUUGGUGACAUUUUACAGAUACUGAGCAAUGGGAAGUACAAGAGUGCUGAACACCGAACAACAACAACUAGCACCAGAGCCAGGGUAUCAGUUCCAUUAUUUAUUCUGCCUAUAGCUACAGAGAGGAUUGGCCCAUUUCCAGAGGCAGUGAAGAAUGUUGGGUUUGCUCGAUACAGGGAAGUUCUAAUGCAGGAUUACAUGAACAAGUACUUUGGAAAUGCUCAUGAAGGAAAGAAGAAGAUUAUUGAUUUUGCAAGGAUCAACUCUGCCUAACUAAUAUAAAGAAUAAGAACUAUGAAAUUUUUGUUUCCUUUUCAUUUCAUGUUACAUAUUCAGUAAUAUUUGAUAAUAAUGAGUUCAAAAGAUUAUGUAUAAUCAUUUGCUAUCUUUCUCUUUCUGCAAACGGUAUAUGCAGAUCAAACACAAAUACGUAUAACAUUUAACAUCA